UAGUCUCCAGUCACAGAGGAAGAGAGGUAUGGGACGCUCUCGUAUUUCCGCGUUUCAUACCGCACUGUGCUCCAAAGAGCAGUAAUUAUUUUCCAUUGUGUUGCAGAAAUACUCAUUAUUCCCAAUGUGUGUGCGCGUGAGUACUGCUAGGAUCGUUUAGAGGAGAAAAGAGGCAUGGAUCGUCACCCCGAUCGUGCACUGCAGCCUUGCGCUGCCAAAAGAUGGAAUAUUUAACAUCGAGUCAUUGCGAGGAUACGGUCUUUGAGAAGGGAGACAAAUCAAUGGCAGUUGGGCAUCGUCACGGAAUGACUGGAUAUGUUGUGAUAUUUCAUCACUUAGAGCCUGGACAGUAAUAAACUAGUGUUCACCUUCAUAACAGAUGUGUUAAUAAUGCCAUUAUGUGCUUAGUUAAAUAUGCGCAGGAGCUAACUUGGAGUUAUACACAUAGCUUUUUUCUUUUAUAACAGUGCUGAAUUGAGCCUAUGAGGUUACAAUGAUGGUAUCCAGUUCAUCGACGCACCCAAUCUUGCAUCAUACCAUAGGACAAGGUCGACCGAAUCACCAGCAGCCACAGCUACGAAUGUUAACCGCCAUUCAACGAGUAAUUCUGUCAUCUUGUAAUUUAACGUAAAGAUUAGACAACUCUUAUGAUCAAAAAAAGGAUGAACAGUUACUGACCUUUGUCUACUGCAUAAACAAUUUUCCCCACAGAAACUUGAAGACGUCGAUCUAUUGAUGCAGCUGAUGGUCUGAUUCGUAUCGUCUGGGGCGCUGCAUACUAAUAUACAUUUUCAAACACGAUCGAUCUCAAGAGUGCUACGAAAAUUAGCGGGAAAGGCUGCGUCAGGCAAAAAAGUCUGGAUUCUUGGGUCAAGAGGAUAGUACCUUUGCCAGGUGAGGAGCCCAAGAACGGACCUCAGAGGAAAACCAGCGGCGACGCCACCAUAGCUAGCACGAUGACUUCCAGGCGCCCCUCUCUUCCGCCCAUGCCGGAUUUAAGCCACCUGACGGAGGAAGAGAGGAAGGUGAUAGAGGACGUUCUCCGGCGACAGAGGGAGGAAGAGGAGAAGGAGCAUGAGGUCAUCAGGCAAAUGCAAGACGAGUUCACGACCUAUCAGGAGAGUGUGAAGAAACUCAGCGAGGAAACCAAGAAGACUGGCCAGAUUUUGGACGAAGGUGCGGUCUGUGAAAUUUGUCAUAAAACCAAAUUCGCAGAUGGCGUCGGCCACAGCUGUCAAUUCUGUCUGAAAAAAUCUUGCGCCAGGUGUGGGGGCCGAAUGCAGGGCAAGCCAGGGCCGGGCAAGGAAAAAGUACAGCAAUUAUGGGCGUGCAAUCUGUGCAAACGAAAGCAGGAGCUCAUGGCCAAGACAGGGGCGUGGUAUCAUGGGGGAAUGGCCAGACCCGUCGCGCUGGACGUGGGGGACAUCGCCUCUGGAAGCGACACAGGGUCCACCAAGGCCGACACCAGCCCCUCCAACGAGAAGCGGGCUAAAAUGAUGGACAAGCAGGGCCACGAUGGGAGCCAGGGCUCUGAGAAGGAGAACAUGGACCGGCAGAGGAGUAUCAGCCGUGCCGGAAGUCUUCAGGGGAAAGAACUGAAAAGACAGUUCUCCAUGUCGGAUGCCAUGAACCGCGGUCACGAUUCCGGAAGCGCCUCCCAGCAGUCAGCGCCUUCGUCGGCGGGAGGGUCCCAGGCCGGUUCUGGGCCCGCCUCCGCUGCUGACCAGGACAAAACACGUGACCAGGACAGGGGCAGAGGUAAAGAGAGGGGGUCGGCCAAGCACCGGUUUCACAGUGAGAGCCGACUGACGGAGACAGACCGCAGGUACGGGGCCCUGGACUCCCAACACCCCUCGGAAAGGGACCGCCACAAGGCUCAGAGAGAAGGUGAGAGGGCGCCCCCCACCUCAAACAAAGGGGGCCACUUGGAGGAUAAGAAAAUGACGCCACAUGGAAAUAGCCGCAAUGAGCAGGAUACGGAUCUUAAGGAUAGGCAUAGGGACCCACAGCACGAGCGAAGACACGAAGACAGAGACCAGCAAGACAGAAGGAGAGACGGCAAAGAUCGACGGAAGGACGGGCGCGGCGGCGAGCAGCAGGCCGACAGAUACCGGCAGAGCCCGGUCAACGGCCGCCGCGAGUAUUCCGAUAAGGAUAGCUACAGAGGAUCACGCGAGCGCCUUAACGACCUGCAGCAACAGCAGCAGGGCGGCUUCGAGCAAGACAUUGACGGAGGGCGGCUGGACAGGAGAGGGGGCAGCCGCCACCACAGGGACCGUACGGGUAAGGAGCAGCGGAGGUCGCCGAGCCGAGAGCGCGACAGGGACAGGUUCGGGCCUCAGGACUCUCAGGAGGACACCCAGUUCUCUCGCCACCGGAUACUUAUCGAGCACGCCAGCGACAAUCAGGCGGACGACGUCCGCGACACCUCCUCCAAAGACGCCGGCGACAAAAAGCAACACUUGGACCCGAGCUCGGCCGGAGGGGGGCGCACUAGGAACAACCGCAAAAAAAUGGAGACGAUGCUCAGGAACGACUCCCUCAGCUCGGACCCUUCGGACUGCGUCCGGCCACCUCCGCCCAAACCUCAUAAACACAAGCGCGGUAAGAAACAGCGUCAGCACAGUCUAAGCAGUAGCGAAGACGAACUGCAGUCCUCGCCCGAAUGCUCCAGUUGCGAAGAAGAAGUGGAUCUAGAGAGCGAGAGCGUCAGUGAAAAAGGGGAGCUAGAUAGCGGCAAUGGUAGCCAGCGGUCCUUUCGGUCCAGCCAAAGCCGGCCAAAACAAGAGUGGCCCACUUGGUACGAUAGCCAACACCACAGCCACAAGCCCACCUUGUACGAUACGGGGCGCGGCACCAGCCUGGAGACGGAGAGCGGAUCCUCCGAGCCGCAGGUCAAAGACAGCGGAAACGACACGGGCCUCUCUUCCAGUAGUAACCAGACCCUGAACACCGUGGACGAUGUGUUGUCCAAGCGACAGAUAAAGGUUACGAAUUUGCAGGAGCAUCCGGUGACCUGGCAGUUGUCAGCAGACGGCUCCAAAUGGAUAGGUCACAUGAUCCUCAAGAAGACUGUGUUAGAGGGUGGAGAAGAAAAAAGAGAUUCCAUCGCCAUAUUAGGCCGCUCAGAAGCAUUAGGAUUAAAAGUUAUAGGGGGUAAAGUAUCAGAAACAGGAAAAUUAGGUGCCUUUAUUACAAAAGUCAAGAAAGGAAGUAUAGCAGACACAGUAGGUCAUUUAAGACCAGGUGAUGAAGUAGUGGAAUGGAAUGGUCGAUCACUUCAAGGUGCAACGUUUGAAGAAGUUUAUGAUAUUAUUUUAGAGUCCAAACAAGAGCCCCAGGUUGAACUGAUAGUACAUCGGAAUGUCAAGCAUGGUGAGACACCACCUAGUGUGCAGCCUUCAUUCACUGACCAUGCCAGAGAUUAUGGUCUCAAAGAGGCAAUACCAGAUAAUCAAAGGUCUCGGAGGACUGUGGUUCCAGAACCUCAGCCAAGGUCAAGAUUGCGCUCAAGGCCGCUUUCUCCUCCAAUCACAGGAAAGUUGCAGGUUAAACUAUGGUAUGAUGUGCAGAGUUAUCAGCUCAUAGUCUCAAUUAUUAGUGCCAUUGAUCUCCCCUUGACUGAGAAUGGAAAGUUCCGUAACCCUUAUUGUAAAAUGUAUAUGCUGCCAGACAGAAGUGAAAAGAGCAAAAGGCGAACAAAGACAGUAGCCAGCACUAUUGACCCCACUUGGAACCAGACGUUCAUAUAUUGUCCAGUGAAAGAGUCAGAUAUGCAUGAACGGCUGCUGGAGAUUACAGUUUGGGAUUAUGACCGAGUUGGAGCCUCUGAGUUUCUGGGAGAGGUGUUAAUAGACUUAACUACAGCCAAUCUUAAUGACGAACCUUACUGGUAUCAACUUGAUCACCACGACAACGCAAGCAUUCCACUGCCAGCUUCCUCACCACGCACAAAAACUAGUCAAGAUCCAUAUGAUGUACGAAAAGACCACCUUUCACCACCAGUUAGCAGCAGGGGGCUUAGCGACAGUGACAUGUCAGAAUUGGACUUUGAUGACAGCAUAGGUGUUGUACCAGUUGUGGCCAGGGAUGAACUCAGUACCAGACAGCGCCACCAGUCAGCAGCAGAUAAACUGGAAGUCCCAGACCUGGGUGGAGCUGGUCAGAGGUCAAGAUCACCUUCUCGAGAAGGAUCUGCAAAGAAUUCCAGGUCCCGAUCAAGAUCACCAGCUCACAUGCACAUGAUGGAUGCCUCCAGGUCACUGUCUCCCCCUGAUAUGAGACAACUUGGCACAUCUCCUCGGUCAUUCCCACCCUCAUCAUCCAGAUCCCUGGGAGGAACUCCCUCCAGCACCCCCUCACCUAAGAAGAGACAGCUUCCCGCCAUACCACUAGAAGCUCAGAAAGCCAGCAGGGACAGAGUGACGCAAGACCUCGAAGAAAGAGCAAGAAUUAUGAAGAUGAAAAUGAAGCUGGCGCAACAAGGGCAGGGGACACCGCUCAUGCACCCAGAGGGUGAUUCCAGGUCUACCAGACGCCGUGAUCGCCAUGGUGACUUGGGAGACAGGGGACAUGAUCGUAGCAUCUCACAUGACAGGGUAGAGAGAAUGCGUGAAAGAGCGUUGGAGCGUAACUAUGAGAGAGGACGGGACACAGAGAGGGCCCACCAUAGAUCUAGAAGACAUAAAGAAUUCAGUCCUGACAUGUCGGAUGAUGUUGCAAGUGAUGUGUCAGAAACCAGUGAUAUGUCUGAGGUCAGCAAGGUUAGCACAAUCAGCGUCAGGUCCACCCAAUCAGAGAGACCCAGGAGAAAACUCAGUGAAUUUGCUUCCAAAAUGGAGAGCCGGACAACCAUACCCCAAAGGAGGCAGCAGGCUGUCAGCAAAAGCUCAGCCAGUGACAGUCAAGGGUUUGAUCAGAAUGAUGGCAGUGUCUCUGAUUCGGCUGUGACCACCAGUGUGACUGAGGGUAGGAAAAGGAGACCCAGCAUAGGGCACAAAAUGGCAGCACUAGUAGGCCUGAAUAGACGUAGUAGCAGUGCUUCACAGUUGGCAGGAGGGGGUAAAAAACGCAGCUCGUUCCAGCGCAGUGAAGAGAUAGGGCCUGUAGAUCUGCGAGGGGGAAUGUCCAAGCAGGCAAGCAAAGACUCGACAGAUGGCAGUAUAGGCAGUAUAAGCAGUGACUCAUCCAGCGUGCUUUGGCUUCCAACUGGCAUGCGGCUGGGCCCUGAGGGUCAGUUUGGUGAGUUUGUGGAUGGACUAGGGCCUUCACAGUUAGUUGGUCGCCAAGUUUUAGGAGCGCCUUGCCUUGGGGAAAUCCAACUUGGCCUUUAUGACCGCAAAGGUCACCUUGAAGUGGAAGUUAUACGAGCUCGUGGACUUAUGUCAAAACCUGGUGCAAGAGUUUUACCAGCUCCCUAUGUUAAAGUGUACCUGAUUGAAGGCAAACAUUGUGUUGAAAAACAAAAGACCACAACCGCCAGACGCACAUUAGAUCCUCUUUACCAACAACAGUUGUUUUUUAGUGAGCCUUAUCACAACAGAAUAUUGCAGGUUACAGUUUGGGGAGAUUAUGGCAGGAUGGACAAAAAAGUUUUUAUGGGCGUUGCUCAGAUUUUACUCGAUGACCUUGACCUCAGCAACAUUGUCAUUGGAUGGUAUAAACUUUUUCCUACAUCAUCCCUCUUCGGACAUCAUUCAUCUACAACAGGAUUGUCACAGGCAGGGCUCGGCUCCACCACCUCGCUGGAAACAUUAUUAGGGAGGACAUAGCUACCAUGUAUUUUUUUUAAUUCAAUUUCUCUAUAGCUUUUUUUUUUUGUCCAUUUUUUUAAAUUCUAGAAUCUAUUUGAUAAAUAGAAUAGAAAAUGUUAUUUGUACUCUUGAUAAGACAAAUGUGUGUAAUUUAAAGAACUGAUAGCUUUAUUUUAGACUUUAUACUAUAAGGCAUGACGCGUAGGACAUAAUCAUCUUCUUUUUUUAAGUAAUGUCUGUAUUAUAUAAGAUAAGGCCUAAAUAUGAAAUAUUUGACAAAACUAUGUUUUUCUGGGGUUUUCUUGAUCAAUAUCAAAUUAUUGUGCAUUGUCUGUUGCUGGUAAAAAAAAAUAAACUCAUGGGUCAACUGUGGGUGGUUUACUUAAUAUAUAGCUUAGAAAACAAAAUAGCCAAUUUAGUUUGAUUUCUCCAAGUAGGAUUAACAGUUUGUAAGAUCUCUGUAGUCUCUCAGAACUCGUUGAUAGAGGUUUAGGUUUGAAAACCUCAUUUGAGUAGGUUUAUGUACCAAAACCCAAAAUGUGUUUUACUGCUGACAUAUUUAACAUACUUUUUUAAUUAUGGACAUUUUUCUUUUCAUCUAGUGUCUGUUAGCCUCUUAUCAUUGUGUUUACUUAUUUUGAUAUGAAAUAUAAACCUUUAAUAUCAUUCAAAGUCAGAUAUUGCUUUCAUUUUUAUAUAGGUUUAAGUAGCUUAUAUAGAAACAGACUUGUAAUAACUAACUUAAUAAACCUAACCUAACUGACUUG